GACGGAGGUUACAGCCCUGGUAGUUGGGGGGACGGUCGUCGUCCUGGGACCCCAGCUUCGUUCGAAAAAAAGAUCCGUCCGACUUUCCGCACGAAGAACGCGCCUCACCUGGAGGAAACCACGAUUUCCCCACGGGUGAUGGAUAAAGACGCCGUCGACGAGAUGCUUUUGAAAAACAUGGGCUGGGGAACGCUGCACGAGUCCGAGAUCAUGCAGAAAAUAACUGAUCGAGGGACCAGCAUCAACUACACGGAAAGAUUAACUCGCGCCGGCGCAUCUUCAUCCUCCAACCUGCGGCGGAGGAGAAGACGGGAGGAGAAGAAAUCAU